AUGAACUUUGAGGAUCCUUGGAGAUAUUCUGGUAGUGCUAAUGGAUAUACUGCGACGGAAGAGUUGCUGGAGCAGAGGGUUAAGCAGACUGUGAAGGAAUUACCAGGAGAGUCUGAUUUAUGGUGUGAAGUGGUCAUUUUAAUUAGCCAAGAUGAUGAAAACGUUCUUAGUUUUCGGGCAUUAGUUGAAGAGAUUGGCGAUAGAGUCAAUGAAAAGGCCCAGACAGGUGUUACUUUACUCAUUUACGCUAUUGUUUACAAUCACCCUACUUAUGUUGAGUUGCUACAUGAGACUGGAAAAUUGGAUGUGAACAUUCCUGACGACUUAACUACCUACUCGCCCCUGAUGUGGUGUUUAACACUUAAACGAAAAGAAUGCUGCGUUGAACUUCUUAAUUAUGACGAUGAGUUAGACUUGAGCUAUAGGAAUGGUAAUGGGGCUACUGCAAUUGAUUUGCUGUUACCCGGUUCUGAAAUGUAUGAAUUCGCUAAGAACCAUAGAAUGCAGAACUUAAGUGUCAGUGCUACAAGUCCGAUAUCUUCCACUGUUGAUCUAUAUACCGGUCCUGCUCGGAAUAUGGAUGUUGAAGACACAUUAGAUAAUAUUAAAUUGCAAGUUGCCGGUCUGAACCUUAACGAAGGUGAAAAUGCUGAUUUAUACGUUCCACCCAGUAACAAUAAUUCUGAGGCCUUGAAUACGCAGGUCAUGUUUGACUUCGAAAAUUUGAUUCAAGGAGAGUACGUGGAAUUUGCAGAAUAUGACAUUAUGAAGAUCCUAGAUCUUUUAAUCUCUUUGCCUCAAAAACAACCGAAUGAUCCUGUUGCGCCAGCGGCGUUGAUAUUCCAAUGUUUAAGGUAUGCACAUAGGAAGGCAGAGAGUAAUAUUUUAGUGGAUAAGAUGUUCAAUCUGUCGCUUACCAGGAUUUUAUCUUCACAACAGAGUACGACAGGUGGUGUUGUUACCGACAGAAAGGGCGAUAUAGUAGAUCAUUCCUACUGGCUAAGUUGUCUAACUUUUCUGUACUACUAUCUAUACCGUGAUGAGAGAUUUUUCAAGAAAUAUCCAAUCCUUUUACAAGAUUUAAUCAAUGCUAUGCAGACCUUAAUGAUAGAAAUAUGUUCAUCGGUAAUGUCUCGUGUGAAGGACCUAAUAGUCCCUGCUAUUUUAACUCAUACCACGAUUUUUGACGUGAAGGAGACACUCUAUAAAAAGGACUGGAACUUCUUUAAGAAGAGAAAGCAACCUUCGAAGAAGAUGAGGAGCUCCUAUGACGAUAUUCUGCAUAUGCUGUAUCCACCAUCUAUGGAGGAACAGAUGAAAGUUUCGCCCAUUAAGAUAGUUCAAAUUUUUGGUGCAUUGUCUUACGUUCUUGAAUUGCACCACAUUCAUCCAUUUUUCUACAUCCAGUGCAUUUCGACCUCUAUAAAAUGGUUUUCAAACUCUGUGUUCAACCACAUUAUCACAAGUAGAAAAUACCUAUCGAGGGCCCAGGCGAUCCAAAUUCGUUUCAAUCUUUCCGCAAUUGAGGAUUGGAUUAAAAACCAUGAUAUGAAAGUCAACUAUUCUACAAUGAUUGACACGUUUAUUUGGGAACGAUUCCCUUACACUUUGAUAAAACCCGUAUCUGAAAUCAAUUUGAAAAUGAAGUCAUUAAGAAAUGUUACUAUGUAUACUCCUGUCGAUAAUGACAAUAUUCCAAUUCGCGAUAAUCACAACAGUUUAUUUUAUCACCAAUCUCUUUACCGAAUUUCGCAGUUAUACAUGGAGCCUUUACUUCAAUUACUGCAAUGGUUACAGGUAGCAACAAGCUUGCAAGACGAUGAGUCUCUAACGUAUACCAUGGGUCUGUUAAGUGUACUAACACCAGCGCAAAUGCUGAGAGUUGUUGAGAAGUACAGAUACGAGGUUGAUGAACAUCGGUUUAAAUCUCCCCUAAAGAAAUUAUUAUCGUCUUUAGUGAAGAAGGGUAGCGAGGUUCUUUUGCCUGAAAGUUCGCAUAUAUUAGUUAUUCUUCCGAUGAUGAAUGAGCUAAUAGAAGUUUAUGUUUCCUGUGACAACGCAGCAAAGUUUGUUCCCCUACUAUCCGAAAAGCUUCAGGAUGAGAUAGAACUCCUCCAUGAGCAUAAUAUGCGUGAAAGAUUAAUUGAUGUGAACCCAGGCCAUCGCAUCAAUGGUGAAUUAUCUACUCAAAAAGUCGAGCCUGUCAUCUCAAGUGGGGCUGAAAAUUAUAAAACCGAAGAUGACAGUGCUAGAGCGGUAGAACCCCGUUCAGCUUUUUCAUUAAAAGAACAAAGUAAUUGGUCUUCUACAGUAGACUGCGAAAAUAAUCCAUGGUAA